GUAAUUGACGGACAACUUGAUAAUACGUAUAUCCGUCAAAUCGUCCUCUACCUAGUUUUCGGUGUAUUUACUUGCUAGCAUGGUUUGAGAAUUGUUUAAAUGUCUGGCUGAAGUAUUUAAAAUACACAAAUAUACAAGGGAUACCUAUCUACACAGGCUACAGUAGCAAAAUGACAUCAAGGGGCACUCCGAGUCGAUUCCUAAAAAGCGUUCUGCAAAACGGUGUGGGUCGGUAUGUCAGUCAGUUGAAACGCAUCUCUCUCGUCUUCUCCAAGAAUGCACAAAGUUCUCUUGGUGUCAGGAACUUUAUUGAAGAUGGAGUCGUGGACUAUGCUAAAAAGAAUCCCGGAACAGUUGUGUACAUAUCCCCUACGUCUUGCCGGAUUCCCAAAAUUGUGGCUGAAUACUUGAACGGCAGCGUCCGGGAGGAGACGAUCACCUGCAAGACGUCACCGCAGCUUUCAGAGCUGCUGACCAAACUGGCCAAUCAGUCAGGCCUGGACAUCAUCCGCAUCCGCAAACCCAUCCACACGGACAGCCCCAGCAUCCAGGGCCAGUGGCACCCCUUCACCAACAGGCCCCCCAACAGGGGCCCCGUGGGGCCACAGAAACAGCAGACCAACUGAAAACACAACUGAGAACUUACACCAGCAGUCUCACGCAGCUUCGUUUGUAACCCCACAGGACUGUGCAGAACAAAUCCGUUUUUUGAUCGCUGUUUUUGUUUUCUGAUCGACCGAAUGCCUUCCUUGAAAACCUUCAGUACAGAUGGAUCUAAACAUAGUGAUGGACUGAUGAUUCUGGAACGGUGUGAUUUGGUCAUGAGCUUGCGAGCUGUUGAAUGUGGGUUUAGAUCAAAUGUUAGUUCAAAUGUGUCUGUGAUAGUCAGCCUGUGUGAGUUGUAACCUGGGUUCAUAGAAAUAAAAUAAAAACAUAAAAAUGUAUGCUUAUAAAAUCCCACUG